GCAAUCCUCAAAAUGGAGAGUAAGCCCAGGAUCAAAGCAAAGCGGCAUAAGAAGAGAAAACCAAGGACUCAGGUGUCUUCAGAAAGCGACAGCGAGCCUGAGAGGAAGGAAGUGAAGUCUGAGAAGGAGCCCGAGAAGACGACACCACCUGCAUCGUCCAAGGACAUGAGCGAUGCUGAAGUGACCGCUGCGUUCACCAAAUUCUACAUGCAGCGCGCCACCACGGAAUUCUCUGAAGACCUCGAUCGUCUUCGGGGAGCAGACGACUUCAGGGACGAUGCCUUACCGCUCUUGAUCAAUGCUCUUCAGCAAGGGACGUUCCUAUUCUCGAUUGAGGAGCAAAAGAGGAUUGUGAUGGCUGGGACUGAGAAAGAGGAGAAGAAGGCCGAUGACUGAGUGGCUUGUCUGAAACCUUGGGGACUAGGGUUCCACGAACUUAAUUACCAGCCACCUAUGACCUUUCGGAAGAUUACUUGCAAGGAUUGAGAGUUAUUGCGGUAGCAACAUGAGUAUGACGCAUAUCGCACCUCGUGUCCUUCAACUUUGU